AUGUGUGUCAAACACCUUUAUGGUAAUUGGAAGAAGAAACAUUCUGGUUUGGUGCUUAAACAGGCCAUGUGGGCAGCAGCUAGAGCUACUUGUGUUCCUAUGUUUCAUAGAGCAAUGGAGAAGUUGAAGCUUCUAAAGCCAGAUGCAUGGAAGGACAUGGCUGACAUUCCUGCUAAAUAUUGGUCAAGAUCUCAUUUCAAGACAUUUUCAAAGUGUGAUAUUCAGGUUAAUAACAUGUGUGAGGCAUUUAACAGGGCAAUUUUAGAGCAUCGAGACAAGCCAAUCAUAACACUUUUGGAAGGAAUCAAGCAUUAUAUCACAAAGAGGAUAACUAAACAGAAGACACUAUUACAGGACUAUGAGGGUGUUAUAUGUCCUAGAAUCCAAUUGCUCAUAGAGAAGAACAAACAGGAGGCACAAAACUGGACCCCUUCUUGGCAUGGUGAUGAUGACUUAUCCAUCUUUGGAGUUACCAAUGGAGUUGAGACUUACUAUGUCAAUCUGAAAAAUGAAUCAUGUAGCUGCAGAAAAUGGGAGUUGUAUGGAAUCCCAUGCAGUCAUGUUAUCUCUUGCAUUUGGAGCAUUAGGAAAAAACCUGAAGGAUAUGUGUCUCCAUAUUAUAGCAAGCUUACAUUUGGAAAGUGCUAUGCUAACAUUGUGUUUCCAAAUAAUGGACCACAACUUUGGAACAAUGUUGACCAUGUGCCAAUGUCUCCUCCUGUCAUGAGAAGGGCAAUUGGCCGCCCUAAAAAGAUGAGGAACAAAACAUAUGAUGAGCCAAAGAAUCCCUUUGUUCUUCCUAAGAAGUUUGGAACUGUCACUUGCAACAAAUGUGGACAAGAUGAACACAAAAAGAGGAGCUGUAAGGGAAAGAGGGCAGCUGAUAGGCAGAUACCUAAAGGGGGCAACAAGGCAAAGAAAGCUAAGACAACCAAUAAGGCAAAGAAGAGUAAGGGAAAAGAAAAACCAGUUGAGAUUGGUCAAGGAUCUCAGGCACUUUAA